AUGCAACACUUACAAGAUCUCGAAAGUCGCCUCGAUCAAUUGAUUUCUGAAAACCGCCUCCUUGUCACCGCUCGCGAUGAAGCCGAAGAUAGAUUGCGCAAUGUCAGCGUCGCUCGUCGCAAGAGUGACCAGGCCCUCAACACUCGUGGUGCGGACUUGCGCGACAAAGAAGCCGAGGUGGAACAACUUAAGAACUCGGUGGACUGGCUCCAACGAGAAAUGACCCGCCUAACCCAAGAAAAUGAAGGUCUGACAGCAUCCAACGCCGCGCUCACUGCCGCUCACGCAGCUGAGGUGAGCAAUGUGCGCGAAACGUCAACCCGCGAACUGGAUGUUUUGCGAUCGCAACACAAUGACUUGUCGACUCAAAUGGACGAUCGGGUGCGACAACAAAUCGAAUCUGCGCUGGCGCAAAAGGAUACUGAGCUGCGCCGUCUUCGUGAAGAACUCGAGGAAGCUCGCGACAAAGUCAAGGAAUUACAACAACAGAUCGCGGCCUCUGUCAAUGACAAUGCGCUCGUCUUCCGCGAUGAGGAUUACUUCGAUGCCGCCUGCCAGAAACUUUGUGGUCACGUUCAACAAUGGGUGCUGCGCUUCUCUAAGCACUCUGACCACCGUCGCUGUCGUGCCUUGAGCGAAUUGCACGAUGAGAAAAUCGCCGAUCGCUUCGAUAAUGCCCUUCUCGAUGGUUCUGAUGCCGAUGCCUUCCUGGGCGAUCGAGUCCGUCGACGCGAUGUGUUCAUGUCUGUGGUGAUGACCAUGGUCUGGGAGUAUAUCUUUACCCGAUACUUGUUUGGUAUGGAUCGGGAACAGCGCCAGAAGCUCAAGUCUCUCGAGAAACAAUUGGGCGAAGUCGGUCCCCGGCGCGCUGUGCAUCGCUGGCGAGCCACCACUCUGACUUUGUUGUCUAGGAGACCAGCCUUCUCCUCGCAACGUGAAAGUGAUACUGAAGCCGUGGCAUUAGAGAUCUUCGGCACCUUAUCGCGUAUACUUCCACCUCCAUCCCAGGUGGAAGCACAGCUGCUCGAAUCUCUGCGUAAGGUUCUCCGUGUUGCUGUUAACCUUUCCCUUGAGAUGCGUACUCAACUAGCUGAGUUCAUCAUGCUGCCACCACUCCAGCCUGAGUACGAUACCAAUGGGGAUCUCGCUCGUCAGGUUUAUUUCAAUGCUUCCCUGAUGAAUGAGCGCAGUGGCGAAACAACCUCUAACGAUGAGUUGGAAUCGCAACAGGCUAUUGUACGCAUUGUACUCUUCCCUCUUGUUGUCAAGAAGGGUAACGAUGUGGGCGAGGGCGAUGAUGAGGUAGUCGUUUGUCCUGCUCAGGUUCUCGUUGCCCGUCCUGGCAAAGACAAGAAGCUCUCACGAAUGAUAAGUGGUGAUCGGAUGUCCCUGGAUGCGAACAAAUCCGUCCACAGUAUAGCACCCUCCACGUUUACAAUGGAUAUGGGUAGUAACCAGUUCUGA